AUUAUCAACAUACAUUUCCCGGCAGUCUGCAGUAGACACACACAAUAUACAAGAACCGUUAUCAGAAUACUUCAUUUAUCAUUAGUAGCGUUUCGUCCGCCGACAUUUGAACUCUUCGUUUUCCACGUACACAUUCUGCUUACCUGUUCUUAAAAGUCAGUACGAAGAAAACAACAUAACCAUGUCUUUCGAAGAAUCAGUGGAAAAAGUGAAAGACUUAAAACAAACACCGAGCGAUCAAGAUUUAUUAGAACUAUACGCCUACUUCAAGCAAGCAUCAGUUGGCGAUUGCACUACAGCCAAGCCUGGCUUUUUGGAUUUUAAAGGAAAAGCCAAAUGGGAGGCAUGGAAUUCCAAGAAAGGCGUUGGUAACGAAGAAGCUAAGGCCAAAUAUGUUGAAUUAGUUAACAAGUUGAUCGAACAACAUGGUCUCAAGGGCUGAACCAAGCGCAACUUACUGACGUUAAUGAACAAUACAAACAUCUACUUUAAGUUUAAAGUUUAUACAGAACAUGUAUACGCUAAUGUUACUAUAAUUUAAUUGGCUGUUUCUUAUAGUAAACCAGAUCAAUUUCUUCUACUUAAAUAUCAUAUAAAACUAUUUAUUUAUUAAGUUUAUAAUUGUAUUCUUUCACAUCACAUUAGUGAUAUAUCUAUGACCGAUAUCUUGUUAUAACCAUUUUAUUACUUGCAAUGGAACCCAUACUGGUAAUUUAUCAAUGCAACAAAAUUAUUGGUUGUUCCUGAGGGAGAAAAUUUAAUAAUAAUUUAAUAUUGUUGGAAUUUGUAGUUAAGUUUUAACUUUUACCUGAAAAUUUUAUUUGUAUUUCAAUAAAACCGAGAAAUUAUUUUCUGA